GAGAGGUGAAGGUAGUGUUGUCAUUCUCAGAUCCGGAAUAUGCGAUUCUUUUUCAAUUUUCUAUCCUCAGAAGUCUAUGGUAUGGUGGGUGGGUUGUUGGCAAUGUACCACUCUAUACCAUAACCCAGUUUUCUAUGUGGGUCCACCCCCUCUCUCUCUGCGUGUGCGUCAAAAUGGUCUCAUGCCCAGUACUAUCACCCUCCUCCUCUGUCUUUGACCACCACCCACCACCGUAACGAUAACCUGACCGACCCAUAUCAGAUCAUUUCAUCGUCACUCUCUCUUUCAUACCAGACCUAUCUCUUUGUGGUCCCACCUUCCGUUGGGAAAAUAAUUAAAAAACAAGGCAUCCACACAUUCCAAAGAUCACAGCCAACUGCCAACCCUACGUUUAUAAAUACAGACAUUAUACAUAUACGAGCACACACUCGCAGAUCCCUCUGCCUCCAUUUCCGUCUGAGUUGGGUUCACCCAUCAAUUUAUUUUUUCUGAGCGUAAGAGAGCUAUGCCCCCCUUACUUUUUCUGGGGCUAGCCAUAUUAUUAUUCUAGGUUUUAUUGGUUUGAUUGGUUAGACCCAUUAGUUUUUUUGCUCGUUUUCUUCAUCUGUGUACCUCAAAUUUUGAAUCUUUUGGCUGAUUCUUAUUUGGGGCUGGUGUUUUAGUCCAACAUUUGAUUUGAUUCAAUUUGCUUGCUUUCGAAAGACUUUAUUUGUGAUUUGGGUCGGUGCGGGAUUUGUUUUUCUGGGUCUGUCAAUGGGCGCUUUGGAUGAGGGGCAUUUCAAUGUUGAACUACAGAAUGGAGUGAAACUCGGUGGUUUUGUUGAUGAAGAAGAACCAGAGUCUGUGGCCAUUGAGGAAGCUGUGAAAGUUCUGUUGCAGGGCUUGGAUGAAGAUAUUAAUCGAGAAGGUAUCAGGAAGACUCCACUUCGCGUCUCCAAGGCCCUCAGAGAAGGAACCAGAGGCUACAGACAAAAGGUUAAAGACAUUGUCCAAGGUGCUUUAUUCCCUGAAGCUGGAUUGGAAAGUGGAGUGGGUCAUGCUGGAGGUGCAGGCGGGCUUGUUAUUGUUCGAGAUCUUGAUCUAUUCUCAUACUGUGAGUCUUGCUUGCUUCCAUUCCAGAUUAAGUGUCACGUAGGUUAUGUCCCAUCAGGGAAACAGGUUGUAGGCCUAAGUAAGCUCUGUAGGGUAGCGGAUGUCUUUGCAAAAAGGCUCCAAAAUCCACAGCGUCUGGCAGAUGAAGUGUGUUCAGCUCUGCAGCAUGGCAUCAAGCCAACAGGUGUUGCUGUAAUUCUCCAAUGUUCACACAUUCACUUCCCAAAUUUUGAAUCGGCUUUCUUUGACUCGAAUCACCAAGGAUUGAUAAAGGUACUGGUUACUUCCGGUUCAGGAGUGUUUGAAAAUGCGAAUGCAGAUUUUUGGGGUGAUUUUCUGAGCCUUCUAAAAUUCAGAGGCAUAGAUGUGGAGAAAAACUGUUCUGGAGACUCGGCUGAUCUAUGUUGGUGCCCAUCCCAGUCUUUCUCCAAGCCAGGGUCAGCCAAUUCAGGAAUGGUUGUUGCAGUAUCUUCAAUUCUUCAAUCUUUGGGUGAUGAUCCAUCGAGGACGGAGCUUGUAGGAACUCCCACUCGUUUUGUGAAGUGGCUGAUGAACUUUAAAAAUUGUAAUUUGGAGAUGAAGCUGAAUGGGUUUGCCCUUGGUAGAAUGGAUCCUUUUAAAUCCAAUGAGGAUGUCACUCACACUAAUGAAGAGAUCUGUUCUGAGCUAAACAUGUCAUUCUGGUCCUUAUGUGAACACCAUUUACUCCCGUUCCACGGUGUUGUACAUAUAGGAUACUACUGUGCUCGAGGAGUCAAUCCCCUUGGAAAAUCCCUUUUGCAGUCGGUGGUACAUUUCCAUGGUUUUAAGCUCCAAGUACAGGAAAGGCUCACCAGGCAAAUCGCUGAGACUGUUUCGUCAAUAUUAGGUGGAGAUGUAAUGGUUGUAGUGGAGGCUAACCACACUUGUAUGAUAUCUAGAGGUAUAGAGAAGUUCGGAAGUAGUACAGCUACAAUUGCUGUGUUGGGUCGGUUUUCAACUGAUCCUGCUGCAAGAGCAAUAUUUUUGCGGAGCAUCCCCACCUCUAAACCGACUGGAUUGUGAUGUUUUAAUCCAAAUCCUGCAAUAUUUUUUCAACAGAAACCUGUGGUCCUUGUUCAUUCUGCUAGUCACACAGGUAUAACAAGGACAAUCCAUGAUCAGUAGCAGAUCUAAAAAGUGCAGGUCUUGCUCGGAGUUUUGUUUGCCGUUGUGGUAGUUGAGUUCAAGAUGGUAUGAUAGUUGAGGAAUCAGUGAUUUUAUUUAUUUAUUUUCUAUCAUUUACUUUGUGUGUGUAGCAUAUAGAUAAUCUAAUUUGAUGAUGAUCAUUUGAUAUAUACACCAUUUGAGGAGUCAUAAUUUUCAUA